AUGAUUACACGGUCUCAAACUAUUCGAAGUCCUCCCAAAUAUGAUUAUAUAUCAGAGAUUAAAUUAUUGCUCAACGAAUCACAAGAUAUUAAUAUAAAAAUUCAACAUAUUACAAAUGAUAUUGUUCCAUUAGAAUUUGAAUCAUAUACAGACUAUUUUCUUAUUAAUACAUUUAAGAGAGGUAAAUCAGACAGUGGUAGGGUUGAUAUGUUAGAUGUAAAAUAUAGAGAUCAUUCAAAAUAUUAUCAGAAAAUUGGAAAACCAAAUGGACUUCUAAACGGUGCAGAUGAUACUAUAUCUUCUACCUCUACAAAAAGUGAUAGUAAUAGAAAUAGCCAAGACACUAUUAUUGCUGGACUUAAUAAUACGAGCACCACAUCUAUUGAAGCUACUGUUACACCACCACCAUCUCAUUCAUCAUCGUUGGAAUAUUUACAUAAAUUGAAUAAUCCAAUACAAACUUCAAGUAAUAAUAAUAAUAUUAAUAAUAAUGGUAAUCAGACACCUAUGGACUCAAAUUCAGAGAUUGUUGAAGUUGAUGAGUUAGAAGAUUUUUAUGAUAAUACUUCAGGGUAUAACAUGACAAUAAACACUGUAGACUCAGACAUACGAAAGGAGAAUAUUCUUGACACUUCUGAUGUUAGUACUGACAAUGGUUCGGCCACUAUUGAUAGUAAUUCUACUGGUUAUAGAAGAAGAUCUUCUAGGAUAUCUAAAAAACAAGAACAAAAACGAUUAGAAAAAAUACAAAAGCAAAAACAACUAAGAAAACAAAUAUUAAGUAAUGAAGCACCUAAGAAUUUGAAUCAAAGUAGAAAUAGUGCUAAGAAUAUCAAUUUUCAAAAUGAGAAUACGUGUAUUAAUUAUGAAGAAGGUCGUAAUGGAUCCAAAUCAAUUAAUGAAAGUAUUCAGUAUCAAGAACAGUCUGAUAUCAAGGAUCUUUAUGAGUCAUUAGUGCCCAAAGUAAAAGUGCCAAAUAGAAGAUCAGAUUGGAUUCUACCCCCUAGAUUGAAGUAUCAACCAGAAAAACAAAUGCGAACCAAGGUUGUGGUCGAUUCUAUCAAAGUUCAUGAGUUGAUUGAUACUGAUAGAAUAUCAAAAGUCCUUUCCAGAUUUGAGGGGGGUGUAGCCGGCAUUAGAAAAACAUUUAAUAUUGGCCGUCCAAAUAUAUCAUCAUCAGGUAAGAGAAUGGAAUAA